CGCCUACAUAAACACAGAAGAGAAUCCGACAACUCUCUCUUCCUUUCUUUCUUGUCCGAGUUUCAGUUUCAAGCCACCAAAGACUAGACUCCAUUGACAGAGACAGAGGGUCCUUCCUCUUGUUCAGACUAAUUCUUCCAACUGGUCUCUAUCUCUAUAAAUUUUUUAAUUCUUCAUCUUCUUCUUACGUUUUUACUCAAAAUCAAAUUGGUAGCAGUUACCACCACUACUUUGCAUUAUAAACAAAGUUGACAUUGUUGGUUAGGUUCAAUAACACAUUCUCUGACAUUCAACCAAAAAAAACCCCUUUUAAAUUGGGUUUCAAUUUCAUAGCUUUUGGGGGUAUUCUGAUUUCGGGGUUUGAUCAAAAUUUAAGGUUUUGGGUGGUCUGGAUAAUGCAAGCACUUUCAGAUCAAACUAUAAUCAGAGAUUGAAAAAGGAGGAAGGAUCUUUGUAAUUUGUUGAUUGGUAACAGGGGAUUAGGACUAUGAAUGGUUUAACCAGACCUAGACCUCGGUCAUUCUCAGGCAUGGAUUACCCAGAAACGAAAAAGAAGAGAAAUUUUGCUGGAAAGAUAUUGUUGGCCGCCAUGUUAACUGUUCUGUGCAUAUAUAUUCUGAAGAACUCAUCUAGUUUUACUACCCCAACUCCGUUCUCUCGCCAUGAACCAGGGGUAACUCAUGUUCUGGUAACAGGAGGAGCUGGCUUUAUUGGUUCACAUGCUGCUCUCCGACUUCUAAAGGACUCAUAUCGUGUUACAAUAGUGGAUAAUCUCUCUCGGGGAAACUUUGGUGCUGUUAAGGUUCUCCAAGAGCAAUUCCCGGAACCUGGAAGGCUGCAGUUCAUAUACGCUGAUUUGGGUGAUCCAAAAGCUGUAAAUAAAAUCUUCCGGGAGAACGCAUUUGAUGCUGUGAUGCAUUUCGCGGCCGUCGCAUAUGUGGGAGAAAGCACUCUUGAACCUCUUAGGUAUUAUCACAACAUAACAUCAAACACCCUGGUAGUACUGGAGGCAAUGGCAGCACAUGGAGUGAAGACGCUAAUUUAUUCGAGUACAUGUGCUACGUACGGCGAGCCAUUGAAAAUGCCUAUUACAGAAGAUACUCCUCAGAUUCCAAUUAAUCCGUAUGGUAAAGCCAAGAAGAUGGCAGAAGAUAUCAUACUAGACUUCUCAAAGAACUCAGACAUGGCUGUGAUGAUUUUAAGAUAUUUCAAUGUGAUUGGAUCUGAUCCAGAAGGAAGGUUGGGGGAAGCUCCCAGACCUGAACUACGGGAGCAUGGUCGAAUUUCAGGGGCAUGUUUUGAUGCAGCCUUGGGAAUCAUACCUGGGCUGAAGGUUAAAGGAACGGAUUACAGCACAGCUGACGGAACCUGUAUUAGAGACUACAUCGAUGUUACUGAUCUAGUUGAUGCUCACGUGAAGGCACUUGCAAAAGCACGGCCUAGUAAAGUUGGCAUUUAUAAUGUUGGCACAGGAAAAGGUAGAUCCGUAAAGGAAUUUGUGGAGGCAUGUAAGAAGGCAACUGGAGUAGAUAUCAAGGUUGAUUUUCUUGAACGUCGUCCUGGUGAUUAUGCCGAAGUUUACAGUGAUCCAUCAAAGAUUAACCGUGAACUAAACUGGACUGCUCAGUACACAAAUCUUCAAGAGAGUUUACAAACUGCAUGGAAAUGGCUGAAAUCACAUCAAAAUGGUUACAGAAGAUCAAUGUCCCUGGCUUUAACUUACUGAUACAUUAACAGCUUUAUCUUUAACGGAGAAUUUAAGAUACAACUUUGAUAUCAACUUGCAAGCUACAAGCAGGUUCUGAGCUCUUACCAAAACCAAUUCUUUGUAGAGUGAGUGAAGAAGAUUAAGAGAGGAUGGUCAGAAUUAGGUCAGGUCGAAGAGAUAGAAAUAUAUAUAUAGAGAGAGAGGGAGAGAAGCAGCUUUAAUAAUAUUUUCAUUCAACAGGUAUAGUUUUCGUUAUUCUUAUUAUGAUGUUCAUAACAACCUUGUAGUACACUUUUACAUACUCUAAAAGGAGAACAGCAGCAGCAGCAGCAGCAGCAGCAGCAUUUGUAUUGUGAGCAUCUUUCGUUGUUCUUUAGAUAUUAAUCUAUCUUUUGUUCAGUUCUGCUGUGAA